AAUGAGACCACCGGCCUUGGCUUUACGCAAGGAUUUAAAUGUUAAGCGGAGUAUCCAGAUGACCGGAGGAGGGCAGUAAUUAGACAGUGAUGCGUCUAGCCUGCCACAAAUUAUAUAAGAAGAAGAGGAUUUGCGUACCAAACAACCGCGAGAGCUAACCGCACUGUAUGCUUUCGACUCACUCUCGCGAUAGUUAGAUUUUUAUAAACCGAAAUCUAUCUGCGUAAUAGCUUACUUUCAGUUUUCCUACAAAUAUCAUUUUAGAAAUAGUAUGUAAAUUAUCCAUUAUUAAUAUCGGGACACCAUGAUCAUCGGAUACUGCUUCAUCUGUGCAUUUUUAGUGCUGAUAAACAAAGUCUGUCCGCAGGUCCCAGUCGAGGGGUUUAUCGGUGGUUCUGUUGUCCUGCCGUGUUCUUCAACUAAACGUGAUCUUAAACUUCAAGAUAUUAAUGUGCUUUGGAGAGACAAAGGCAGCGAGACUGUUUAUGAUAUAAUUAGCGGUAAAGAUUCAGUAGAGCGACAGAACCCACGGUACAAGAACAGAGCUGAAACUUUCCCAGAGGAGUAUGAGAGAGGAAACUUCUCCAUCAAACUCAUCAAUCUUAAUCACACUGAUACAGGAGAGUUCAGCUGCUUCAUCACACACUCAUCUUAUUCUAAACAGGAGAUUGUAUGGCUGUUCAUUAAUGAUUCAGCAGCAGUUCCUAAUAAAGAAUCUCCUAAAGAAGAAAACCAAGAACCAGGGACAAUAUCAAUACUGAUCUGUGUUUGCAUUAUCAUUCCAUUAAUUUUCGUAUUUAUAGCCGUUUUCAUUAUUUGGAGGAUAAGAACUCAAACUCCAUGUUUAGAAGGAACUGUGGCAAACUUAAUGCCCUGUUGCACACCGUAUGUGUCAGCAGCAUCUGAGCAGCCUGUAUUUUCCAGGACAUGAUAACAAAUUAUUGUUCACAUCAGAAGUAGAGUGUCAUGCCAUGCUCAAUCACAUUUUCUCUCUCUUGAUAUACUCUUGCUGAAAACAAUGUGCUCUGUUUGUUUUUAUUGUAUAACAUAAUAUGAUAUUGAAACUCAUUUUGCUGUCAAUCCUGUCAAAUAUGUAUAUAAAGUAAAAAAUAUGUAUUUCUUGCAAGUAAACAGUAAAACUACACAUUUACC